AUGGAGCUGGGAAGCCGCGGGCAGGAGGCCGUUGCUGUCGAAGAGCCCUUCAUGACGACCCGGGAGAGGCUCUACCGGAAGCAGCUGGAAGAGGAGGAGAAGCAGGCGGAGGUGCGACAUGUUGACUUCACCAAGCGCGAACUCCGACGAAAGGUGCGGAGCCUUCCCGUCUUGAAGACGAAGUAUGGGGAGACAUCUGAGGAUCACUUCAUCACCCCGGGCUAUCGGGAGCCGGCACAGGCUUGGCAAGCGCGGUUCAGCAGCCGACAGGAGAUGAAGUCAGCAGACGUCUCGAGGAUGCUUCACGACAAACCUGUCUUCGCCCAGCUGCAGUGGCAGAAGCCUGCCGAUGGGGUCCUCUGA